AUUUUUUGUGUGGUGCAGUCCGUCCAACAUGGAAGACUUGCAGAAGAGAGUGGCCGCGCUGGAACACGGCACGGAAUGGCCUGCCGAGCGCAUCCGACAGACGUUCGUGGACUUCUUCGUAAACCAUCCGUCGCUGCCCCACGUCGAGUACAAGUCGUGCCCGGUCGUUCCGUUGGACGACCCGACGUUGCUCUUCAUCAACGCCGGGAUGAACCAAUUCAAGCCCAUUUUCCUCGGGCAAGUCGACCCUUCCCACCCCAUGUCCAAGCUCACCCGUGCCGUGAACUCACAAAAGUGCAUUCGCGCCGGCGGCAAGCACAACGACUUGGACGAUGUUGGCAAGGACGUAUAUCACCAUACGUUCUUUGAAAUGUUGGGAAACUGGAGUUUCGGCAACUACUUUAAGGAAGGUGCGAUCGACCUCAGCUGGACGUUGUUGACUAAAGUGUACGGGUUGGAACCGGAGCGCUUGUACGUCACGUACUUUGGCGGCGACGCCAAGCAAAACCUCCCUGCAGACGAAGAGACCAAAAAGUUGUGGCUCAAGUACGUCCCCGAAUCGCGCUUGUUGCCGUUUGGGUGCAAGGACAACUUUUGGGAAAUGGGCGACCAAGGUCCGUGCGGCCCUUGCACGGAAAUCCACUACGAUCGCAUCGGUGGCCGCGACGCGUCUGCCCGCGUGAACGCGGACUUUCCCGACGUGAUUGAAAUCUGGAACAACGUGUUUAUCCAGUUCAACCGUGAGCCCGAUGGAUCGCUCGUUGUGCUGCCGAGCCAGCACGUCGACACGGGCAUGGGGUUCGAGCGCUUGGCGUCCAUCUUGCAAGGCAAGAUGUCCAACUACGACACGGAUGUGUUUAUGCCACUGUUUGCGUCGAUUCAAUCGCUGUGCGGAGCCACGGAACCAUACACGGGCAAGCUUGGCGAUGAAGACCCGACGCUCAAGGACAUGGCGUAUCGCGUGGUAGCUGACCACAUUCGCACACUGACGUUUGCGAUUUCGGAUGGCGCCGUGCCUUCUAGCGAUGGCCGUGGGUACGUCCUUCGCCGUAUCUUGCGUCGCGCCGUGCGGUAUGGAGAACAAUUCCUCGGCGCCCCUCGAGGCUUUUUGUCCAAGUUGGUGCCCAAGGUUGUCGAAAUGAUGGGCGCUGCGUUCCCUGAGUUGGUGACCAAGCAAUCUCAGGUGAUUGAAGUGAUCUUGGACGAAGAAGAGAGCUUUGGCCGGACGUUGAACAAGGGGUUGGACCGAUUCAAGAAGAUUGCUGCUGCGUUGAAGGCGGAGAAGAAGACAGUCGUGCCUGGCGAAGACGCGUUCUUCUUGUAUGAUUCAAUGGGGUUCCCGUUGGAUUUGACGCAGCUCAUGGCGGAAGAGCAAGGCUUGGUCGUUGACGUGGCUGGCUACGAUUUGGCCAUGAAGAUUCAAAAGGAAAACUCGGGCAAGAAGGCCGGCGUCGCUGGCGUGCGCCCCCUCGUGCUGGAAUCGGCGGAAACGGCCCACUUGGCCGCCCAACACAUUGCUCCGACCCACGACGACGCCAAGUACAUCCAAAAGCACGUGUCGGCCAAGGUCGUUGCAAUCUUCACGACGACUGCGACCGCGUCGACAUUUGUCCAAUCCACCGCGGCCCAUGAACAUGCGGCGAUCGGAGUCAUCCUGGACACGACCAGCUUUUAUGCUCAGUCCGGUGGUCAGAUUUACGACACGGGUGUAAUCAAGAACGGCAUGACGCAUUUCAACGUGCACGCGGCCGAGUCGUACGCUGGGUAUGUCCUCCACGUGGGUCCGCUGACCAAGGGCACGCUCCACGUCGGUGACGAAGUCCAAGUCGAAGUCGACUACCAGCGCCGCAACAAGAUCGCUCCCAAUCACACGAUGACGCACGUGCUCAACUACGCGCUUCGCCAUGUCCUUGGGACGACAGUCGACCAACGUGGGUCGCUCGUCGACGACGCCCGCCUUCGAUUCGAUUUCACCACCAACAAGCCGCUCAAGCCGGAUCAAAUCGCGGCGGUCGAAGCGAUUUGCAAGGACGUGAUUGCGCAAGAGCUGCCCGUGUACGUGGAAUCGGCGCCGCAAGCGCAUGCCAAGCGCAUCCAAGGGUUGCGUGCGGUGUUUGGGGAAACGUACCCCGAGCACGUCCGCGUCGUGUCGAUUGGUGCCGCCAUCCCAUCGAUGUUGGCGGAUCCUGAAAACGCCGCGUGGAAGCAAUACAGCGUCGAGUUUUGCGGUGGGACCCACCUGACCAACACGAAGGAAGCGGUGUCGUUUGCGUUGUUUGAAGAAGGCGCGGUCGCCAAGGGCAUUCGGCGUAUGAGUGCGUACACGGGGGAGGCCGCCAAGGAAGCCGAUGCGCGUGCCAACGGGCUCAAGAAACAACUCGACGACUUGGCCACGCUCCCUGUCGCGGAGAUUGUCACGUCUGUCGCGGCAUUUCGACCGGUGCUUGACACAGCGCUCAUCUCGCUUCCUCGCAAGGAGGCCCUGAAACAACAAUUGAACGACUUGAUUGAGAAGAUUAAGGCGUGGCAAAAGGAAGAAGCCGCCGCCCGCGCGGCCGCGGGGGUCGCCAAUGUGAAGGCGUUGGUGGCCGCGGCCAAGGCCAGCGGUGAAGAGUUCGUCGUGCUCUCGUUGGACGUCGGCGCCGAAGCCAAGUUGGGCCGUGAAUUGCUCGAUGCUGCCGUCGAAGUGUACCCCGACGGAAGCUUCUUCAUCUUCAGCGUCGACGCGGAUCGCACCAAGACGGCCGGGUUUGCCCAGGUCAGUGCCAAGCAUCAUGCCGCCAAGGGGCUCGACGCGAAGAACUGGGUGAAUGGUGCAAUGGCGUCACUUGGAGGGAAAGGCGGCGGAAAGGACCCCCUCACUGCUACCGGCCAAGCCAAAACGGUCGUCGGCCUCGAGCAAGCGAUCGCCGCCGCCAAGGCGUUUGUGCAUUAAGCAAGUGGAUUCAAUGGACAACUCUCUUCUAUCUUCUAGUCAACUUGGUGGUGGCAAUGGACAGGAAGGAUGGGAUUGUCGAGCCUGCGCGUGUGUGUGCAGAGCUACAUGCAAACCAAACACAUGCGUCGUGUCCCGCACCGAUGCACGAGGAUGCUAACCAUAUAUUUUAAUUUUUUAUU